CUGGGCCUGUCCAUCGAGGGUCCCAGUAAGGUGGACAUAAACUGUGAUGAUGUGGAGGACGGCACCUGUAAGGUCACCUACUGCCCGACAGAACCAGGAAACUACAUCAUCAACAUCAAGUUUGCCGACCAACACGUUCCAGGAAGUCCGUUCACAGUGAAGAUUUUCGGCGAGGGCCGGAUGAAGGAGAGCAUCACCCGCCGGCGCCAGGCCCCCUCCAUCGCCACGGUGGGCAGCACCUGUGACCUCAACCUCAAAAUACCAGGGAACUGGUUCCAGAUGGUGUCGGCUCAGGAGCGCCUGACCCGGACCUUCACGCGCAGCAGCCACACCUACACCCGCACCGAGCGCACAGAGAUCAGCAAAACCCGCGCCGGCGAGACCAAGAGGGAGGUCCGGGUGGAGGAGAGCACCCAGGUGGGGGGAGACCCCUUCAGGGACGUGUUCGGAGGCUUUCUGAGCCGGGAGAAGCUGAGCGGGUUCGGAGGCCAGGCCCCGCUGCAGGACGGUGAGUGGAGCCCCAACUCAGACAGAGACAGGAAGUACAGAGACAGGAAGCAAAGGAAGAAACAGGAAGUGCAGAGACAAGAAACCCUGGCAGCUCUGCCCGACCAGGACUCGUUCUACGACAUGGUGGACGUUCUGGAGGAGCAGGGCCUAGAGUCCAUAUCCCAGAGGCACCGGGGGAGGAGGGGAACCGACCUGGACCUGGUGGAGCAGCUCAACCUCUACGAGGUUCCUAUCCUAACCCUAACCCUAACCCCACAGCUACGAGGAAGUCCUCUCCAGUUCUACGUGGACGCCAUUAACAGCGGCCACGUGACGGCGUUCGGCCCCGGCCUGAGCCACGGCGCUCUGGAUCAGCCCGCCAUUUUCACCAUCGUCACCAAGGACGCCGGAGAAGGCGGUUUGUCUCUGGCCGUCGAGGGUCCGUCCAAAGCCGAGAUCAACUGUAAAGACAACAAAGACGGGACGUGCACGGUGUCCUACCUGCCCACGGCCCCGGGGGACUACAACAUCAUCGUCAAGUUUGACGACAAACACAUCCCAGGAAGCCCCUUUACGGCACGGAUACCCGGUGACGACUCCAUGAUGACGUCUCAGCUCAACGUUGGCACGGCAACCGACGUCUCCCUAAAGAUCACGGAGACGGACCUGAGCAGCCUGGCGGCGACCAUCCGGGCGCCGUCCGGACACGAGGAGCCGUGUCUGCUCAAAAAGCUGCCCAACCGACACAUCGGAAUCUCGUUCACCCCGAAGGAGGUGGGCGAGCACGUGGUGAGCGUGAAGAAGAACGGGAAGCACGUGACCAACAGCCCCUUCAGGAUCAUGGUGGGCCAGUCCCAGAUAGGGGACGCCAGCAAGGUGAAGGUCUACGGCCAGGGCCUGGCGGAGGGACACACCCUCCAGGUGUCCCAGUUCAUGGUGGACACCAGGAAUGCAGCGUGA